CUGAAAAUUAACCAAAAAAAAAGAUAGUGAUGAUGAUAAUGAGUACUGCUGGAGCAACUCCAAUAGCAUUUUCAUCAUCACUGCUGCUUCAGCAGCCGCAGGCCGGUUUCUUUACUAGCAGCGGCAUUACUAAGUCUUGCCAUUACGUCAACAAUAGGACUAGCAGACACCAAUGUGGUUGUAUAGCAGUUUCGGUGAAUGAGCAGGGAUCGGAGACUAGGCGUGCCAAUAACAAGCAGCAGGAAAAGGGAACUACUAGUAAUGCAUUCGAAAUUGAAACCCUGACUACCUGGUUAUUGAAUCAAGAACGACAAGGAAACAUCGAUUCCGAGCUUGCGAUUGUCCUCUCCAGCAUUUCCCUUGCUUGCAAACAAAUCACUUCCCUGCUUCAGAGAGCUACACUCUCCAACCUCACUGGUUCUCAGGGAUUCAUCAACAUCCAAGGUGAAGACCAGAGAAAGCUUGAUUUCAUUGCCAACCAGGUGUUCUGUAACUGCUUGAGAUCCACUGGACGUACUGGCAUUAUAGCCUCCGAGGAAGAAGAUGUCCCGAUUGCGAUCGAAGAAACUUAUUCUGGUAACUAUACCGUUGUGUUUGACCCUAUCGAUGGUUCCUCCAACAUCGACACCGGUUUAACUACUGGUUCCAUAUUCGGAAUUUACAGUCCUGACGAUCAAGAGCCGUGCCUUGUUGAUUAUGACGACGAGGAUGAUGAUGAAGAAGAUCACUCUGAUCAGAAGCUUGGGAAAAAGGAGCAGAAAUGUGUGGUGAGUGCGUGUCAACCUGGCAGCAAUCUGUUGGCAGCCGGUUACUGCAUGUAUUCAACCAUGGUGGUCUUUACACUCUCAAUCGGGAAUGGAGUUUUCGCGUUCACAUUGGACCCGAUGUACGGCGAGUUUGUACUGACACACAAGAACAUUCAGAUGCCAAAGUCGGGGAAAAUAUACUCAUUCAACGAAGCUAAUUACGAGCUGUGGGAUGAUAAACUGAAGAAAUAUAUUGAUGAUAUCAAGGACACAAAGAAGAAACAAUAUGCUGGCAGGUAUAUUGGGUGUCUUGUUGGUGAAGUUCAUCGGAUGCUGCUGUGCGGUGGGAUAUAUGGUAACCCAAGCAACACAAAAAGGAAACAAGGGAAUCUGAGGCUCUUGUAUGAGUGCGCACCCAUGAGCUACUUGGUUGAACAAGCCGGAGGCAAGGCGUCUGAUGGUCGUUGCAGAAUACUUGAUAUCAAACCGGAUGAGAUUCAUCAACGGGCACCUCUUUUCAUCGGAAGUCCAGAAGAAAUGGACAAGUUGGAGAAGUACUUGAGUUAAUCAACAUUUGUCUUGCCAUUAAGAUGGCCAUGGAAUCCGUAUGCAAUGUUUUCUCAAAAAUAAGUUGCAUAAGCCAUCAAGAAAAUAUAGUUUAUCUCCUCUUUAAAUUUUGUCUUGGGGUGGUAUAAUGUGGUACAUGAUUAUGUUAUCGGACGAUCGAAGGGAGUCGUAUAGAUGACCAUUGGAGCUAAUGCAUGUCCCUUUUUUUUGCAAUUCUUAAAUUUAAAUCAACUGCACACAAUGUUACGAAAA